CAAAUUAUUCACGUGCGCUCUCGUUCACCACCCACUUCCUGCGCGUUCCAGCAAAUCCGGACCCGAAAUCCCGUAAAAAUCUGUAACCCCGUGACACCAUGGCAGCCAAAGACGACAAGAAGACCCCAGCGAAACCAACCCCAACCCCUGCUCCUACCCCUUCCACUGCCGCCGCCGCUUCGGCCAAGCCGCAGGAAAAAGAUCCAAAGCCGGCCGCAACCGCAGAACCGGAAGGUUUCUCCCUGGUCAUCAUCGUCAAGUCGGUUGAACUGCUGGACAAUGACGAGGGUGGCCGAAUCAGCAUCGCGAUGCAGGUGGGAAAGGACCACAAGGUGACCGUCGAGGGCACCGUUGCUGAGCUGAACGAGCGACGUUCCGGCAACUCGGUGAGCAUUCCGCUGAAGAGUUCGGCGGAGUUUAAGAAGUUUUUGAAUAGCAACGAGCUGAAAGUUGCCAUUCGAGAUGGAAAGGCGAAAGAGUUGGCCAAGGCAGCGAUUUCGCUGGAAAAGUUGGGUAUGUUUGAGCCGCCGAACUUUGUGGCCACGAUCGUUCCGUACACGGUGAGUCUUGACCAGGACAAGUACGUGGUGGGUACGAUUAAGCUGAUUUUGAAGACUGAUCGGAUUCGGUCGGUGAUUUGCUUGACGGCUGAGGAUGAGGCCGUUCCGGUUACAACCAAAGAGACCAAAGAGGAGGACACCGUGCUGUACGUGGUGAACGAUGCCCCGGAACGUCGCAGUGUCGAGCUUCGGGAGGACAAAAUGCGGCAGCUGCUGAUCUGUGGCAAGUGUGACGCCUUGAAAAGUCCCAGCGAGGUCAGCUACCAGUACGAGCUGAUCGAUGGGAUUCUGGUGAACCGAGAGCUUCCCCGGAAGGAUCCCGACCUGGACGCGAUCAAGCGCAAGAUCGAACAAAUUGAACGGGAGGCACUGCUGUAUCCGCUGGGGAAGGAGCAGCCAGCGUCACCGAUGAAGGAACCGGAACCACACCGGUUUUGCAAAGUCUGCGGCGGAGAGUCGAUCACCGGGAAAACCUGCGACCCGGUGAUUCCGCGGCAUUCAUCGAUGGUACCGGAGCCAAAUUUUGCUGUCGGAGCAAAGUACGAAGAGUUUAGACCACAACAACCAACGGAAGCCUUCCAGAAUCCUCCGGCUAAAUGUAAACACGACCCGAACAUUCUGUGCCCUCAGUCAAUUGGCGUAAGACCGCAACAACCAGCGGAAGUUCACCAGAAACCUCCGUUCCAUUGCCAGCAUGACCCGAACUACCUUUGUCCGCAGUCGGUGGGAGUUCGAUUCUGUCAACGCUGUGGCAUCAACCUGGACUGGCUCCCGCUGCACAGCAUCUGCCCCAAGUGUGGCCACCGACCUCUUUUAGCAGCUCCCGCCACUGCUCCCCCACCAGUCCCCACCCGAACCCACGAGCUAACGCCCAGUCGACUGGACUCGUGGAUGAAAGACUUUGAGUUCACCGAACCCACUCCCCUUCCCCGUCGAACUUCUGCGAGCACACUCCGAUCGGCAUCGCUGGACAUUCGACCCUGUCCGAUGUGCCGGCUGCGUGGCGGAUGCUGUCCGGAUUGUCAGAAACGGAUUGGCACUGCUGCGGCAAAAGUUGACCCGAAGCCGAACUCGACAACGACGCAGUCUUCGACGUCGGACUCGGAGAUGAUGGCCCGGAGGGUUUCGAGCGAACGUCCAAAGACGCGACAAUCGCUGCGGGAUCGGUUUAGCGGGUUUCCGCGGAAGUUGAGCAAGGCAACGCGGACGUCGCUUCUACGGAAUGUGUACGGGGAUGGCAAGGAGAAUCAAGGGCGGAGACGCAGCUCGAACGUUUCGUUGGAUGUGGAGGCGAUUUUGAAGCAAUCGGACGCGCAAAAGCGAAAGUUCAUCACGGAUGGCGUGCAGAGCGUUGAGCUGCGCAAGGUCGAGUCCAAAACCGGGAAAGAUCAGGGUUGUCCUGUGCAUAGUGCGGUGGGGAUCCGGAGGAAUCAUCGGGCCAUGUUGCGACGUGCUAAGAAGCAGAACCGGGGCAAGUUCUCGUACGCAUACGGCAAUCGACAUCCGGGAAUCGUGAUGGGUCACUGCGAGUGCGACGCCCGCCAGGGUCCCGUUCCGCCGCACAUGGGCUGGCAAUGGGACGUCCAAACGCUGGGCAUCGGUCGGAUCCGCAAAGGGUGGCGUCCGGGUGCGAUCCGCAGGCCGAUCAAAGAACUGAUGCAACACUUUUUGGUGAGCUACCCGCUGGACAACGUUCCCGUGAGCCGCAGAAGAGCUGCGAAACGUUCCGAGGGUGAAAAGCAACCCCCAUCAUCUGGUAAACAAAAGCCAACGCUUCAGAUCGUCAAGCGGAACGGCGAGUACAUCAUCGAAAUGAACCCGCUGAAGGAUUCGGAAACCCUCAAAACCACUCAAAACCCUUACCUCCCAUGCGAACCGAUUCGCUUCAAGCUUGCCAAGGAUCCCAAAACGGCCAAGCUCCACCAACUCCGACAAGCGCUCAAAGUCCGAUUCAACCUGUGCGAGUGCAAAGUACUCGAAUCGUGCACCCACCGACACGACAAAGAGAAGAAAAUCUUCCAAAAAGAACUUCGCAAGUUUUCCAAGCGCCUCGGCCUCCCGAAAGCAACCUCCGUCAAAGACCUCCCGUCGGAAAGCGAAUCCGAGCUCGACCUGGAGUUCACUCCGCCGUCGGCCCUGCUGGCGUCCGGAGUGCGCAAGCCGGACGUGGUUUGCACCGAAACUCAGUACUGCGAGGAGGACUACAAGGUGCGCAUUCCGGCGGACAAGGUCAAGUGCAAGCCUGGUCGCGAAGAUUCGCGCGAUCUGGCGAAAGCAUCGCGCGGCAAGCCGGGACGGGCUGGUGCGGACAAAGCCGGCGAUGGAAAGGGUGGCAAAGGUGGCAAAACUGGAAAGGGAAAAGGUUCACAAGGUGAUUCCAAGGCGGUCGGAUCGAAGCCUGGUGGGAAAGGAGCUGGUAAGGGAGUGGCCGGAAAGGGGGCUGAAACUGGCGGUGGAGACAAUUCCAAAACGCGUGUUGGUGGCAAGACGGGUUCCAAGACUGGAGUCGGAGCGGGAUCGAAAACCAAAAUCAGCGACGCAGCCAAGAAUAAAUCGGGAAAUGCGCUUCAAAAAGAUGGCGGGCCGGCGGUGAAGUUUAAGAACGUUGAGAAGCGAGCCUUCAUCUCCAAAGGAUGUGGGCUGCCGCCGGUGACGACCUGCCACAACCAGGCUCCCUGUGGCGUUUUGGCUUCGGUUCCUCCUGCGGCGUGUUACAAUCCGUGCUACACAAUGUGUCCGUACUAGUUUAGUUUGAUGGUGGAUGGUCUUGAAAUUCUAAAUUCAGUAGAGCUACU